AAAACAUGUGUAUGUGUAAGAUGUGGGAUGUAUAUUUGUUAUCACUGAGGUGUGGGUGUUCUCUAAUACUUGGCUCAUUUCUCUCCCCUGUCUCCCUUUGUCUGGAAAAUUAAAAAUAAUAACGGGAUGGGUGGAUGGGUAUAAAUUAACUAUGGCAAUAAAUUUAAAUUUAACUAUAACUCUUUUUCCUCUCUUUCUUCUCUUAAUAUCUUCAUAUACUUUUAUCCUUGCUUAAUUGAAUUACUGAUCAAUUGCUAAGUAUAGUAAUUUUUCAAUUGACUAAAUAGAUAAAUACAAUCAAGCAAUAUGGGUGACUAUUUAACUCCAUCGGAAUUACCGCAACCUAAAUUGAAAAGAACUAACACUGGGUUCACACCUAAUCAAAUUAUUGCCUUAGAUGCUUCAAUUCCAGAAUCAGCCAAACAUAUUUGGUAUAAAUACUCUCAAUUGAAAGUUUUAGACUCUGGUAAACGUGGUACUCAUGCUCCAGAUUCCGCCGAUGUAUUGAACUCUAAAGAUGCCUUUGAACAAUCCUUUGUUAGACAUGUUGAAACCACUUUAGCAAGAAAUAUGUAUAAUUGUGAUAAUUUAGCUGCUUAUCAAGCUGCUUCAGAAACAAUUAGAGAUGGUUUAUUAAUUGAUUGGGCUAAUACUCAACAAAAGCAAACUGUUCAAGAUGGUAAAAGAGUUUAUUAUUUAUCAUUAGAAUUCCUUAUGGGUAGAGCUAUGGAUAAUGCUCUUAUUAAUUUAAAAUCAAGAGAUAAUACUAAACAAUCUUUAAGUGAAUUAGGUUUUAAUUUGGAAGAUGUAUUAGAUCAAGAACCUGAUGCCGCCUUGGGUAAUGGUGGUUUAGGUAGAUUGGCUGCUUGUUUUGUUGAUUCUCUUUCUUCAAAGAAUUAUUCCGGUUGGGGUUAUGGAUUAAAUUAUCAAUAUGGUAUUUUCAAGCAAAUGAUUAUUGAUGGAUAUCAAGUUGAAGUUCCUGAUUAUUGGUUAAAAUAUUCUAAUCCUUGGGAAAUUACUAGACAUGAAAUUCAAAUUCCAGUUGAUUUUUAUGGUUAUGUUUAUGAAGACCAUGAUCCAAAUUCUGGUGUAGCUAAAAAAGUUUGGAGUGGAGGUGAAAGAGUUCUUGCUGUUGCUGUUGAUUUCCCAAUUCCAGGUUAUAAUACUUCAAACACUAAUAAUUUAAGAUUAUGGAAUGCUAAACCAACUGAAGAAUUUGAUUUUACUAAAUUUAAUGCUGGUGAUUAUCAACAAUCUGUUAAUUCUCAACAAAGAGCUGAAGCUAUCACUUCUGUAUUAUAUCCAAAUGAUAAUUUCGAAGGAGGUAAAGAAUUAAGAUUAAAGCAACAAUACUUUUGGGUUGCUGCUUCUUUACAUGAUAUUGUUCGUAGAUUUAAAAAGAAUCACAAAAAUAAUUGGAAUAAAUUCCCAGAUCAAGUUGCAAUUCAAUUAAAUGAUACUCAUCCAACUUUGGCUAUUGUUGAAUUACAAAGAAUUUUUGUUGAUUUAGAAGGUCUUGAAUGGAGUAAAGCUUGGUCUAUUGUUACUAAGGUUUUCGCUUAUACCAAUCAUACUGUUUUACCAGAAGCUUUAGAAAAAUGGCCAGUUGAUCUUUUAGGUAGAUUAUUACCUCGUCAUUUAGAAAUCAUUUAUGAUAUUAAUUUCUUCUUUUUAAAGGAUGUUGAAAAGAAAUAUCCUGGUGAUAGAGAUAUUCUUGGUAAAGUUUCAAUUAUUGAAGAAAGUACUCCAAAACAAAUUAGAAUGGCUUCUUUAGCUAUUGUUGGUUCUCAUAAAGUUAAUGGUGUUGCUGAAUUACACUCUGAAUUAAUUAAAACAACCAUCUUUAGAGAUUUCGUUAAAGUCUUUGGUGAAGAUAAAUUCACCAAUGUUACUAAUGGUGUUACUCCAAGACGUUGGUUAAGACAAGCUAAUCCUUUAUUAGCUGAAUUAAUUGCAGAAAAAUUAAAUGAUCCUCAUUAUGAAUAUUUAACUAAUUUAGGAUCUUUAAAGAAUUUAGAAAAAUUCAUUAAUGAUGAUGAUUUCUUAAAGAAAUGGGAUUCAAUCAAAUUCCAUAACAAGAGAAGAUUAGCUGCUUUAGUUAAAGAAGAAGUUGGUGUUGAAUUAGAUCCAACUGUUUUAUUUGAUGUUCAAGUUAAGAGAAUUCAUGAAUAUAAAAGACAACAAUUAAAUAUUUUUGCUGUUAUUCAUCGUUAUUUACAUAUUAAACAAUUAUUAGCUCAAGGUAUUUCAGUUGAAGAAAUUAAAUUGAAAUAUUAUAUUUCAAAAGCUUCAAUUUUUGGUGGUAAAGCUGCUCCUGGUUAUUAUAUGGCCAAAACUAUUAUUCAUUUAAUAAAUAAAGUUGGUGAAGUUGUUAAUAAUGAUCCUGAAAUUGGUAACUUAUUGAAGGUUGUUUUUAUUCCUGAUUAUAAUGUUUCUAGAGCUGAAAUCAUUAUUCCAGCUUCUGAUUUAUCUAAUCAUAUUUCAACUGCUGGUACUGAAGCUUCAGGUACUUCUAAUAUGAAGUUUGCUCUUAAUGGUGGUUUAAUUAUUGGUACUGUUGAUGGUGCUAAUGUUGAAAUCACUAGAGAAAUUGGUGAAGAAAAUAUUUUCUUAUUUGGUAAUUUAGCUGAAUCUGUUGAAGAAUUAAGACACAAACAUAUCUAUGAAGGUGUUCAAAUUCCAGGAGCUUUGAAUGAUGUUUUUAAUGCCAUUGAAUCUGGUCAAUUUGGUCAUCCAGAUGAAUACAGAGCUUUAGUUGAUGGUAUUAGACAUCAUGGUGAUUAUUAUUUAGUUACCGAUGAUUUUGAUUUAUUCUUAGAAACUCAUCAAAAAUUAGAAAAAGUAUUUGGUCAUCAUGGUGGUGAUGCUAAUGAUAAAGAUCAUUUACAUAAAUGGGUUAAGAAAUCUGUUCUUAGUGUUGCUAAUAUGGGUUUCUUUAGUAGUGAUAGAUGUAUUGAUGAAUAUGCCGAAAAUAUUUGGGAUAUUGAACCAACUAAUCAAUAAUUGGAUUUAAAUUAAAAUUAAUAAACUAUAAUUUGAUUUUUACACUUCUUUUCUAAUUCUACUUUCUUUUACAAUAUUUCUUGUUAAGUUUGCUAUUUCUUCAAUUCUUCUAUACAUCUAUAUCGUAUAAUUUCUUAUGAAAAAUAUAUACAUUUCAUAAUCUAAAUAAUAUGAAUAUAUAACUUUAUAUAAAUUAAUUAUUUUAUAAUUAGGAUAAAUAUCUCGUUAUUGACUUUGCAGCAAUUCAUGUUACAUAAAUUUCCUAUUGAGGCAGUGUAG